AAAGAAAAGAAAAAGAAAAAGAGGCGAUUGGCCCGAUCUGUUUUAUGCCCUAGCUGCAGCUCGCCUCUGGUCUCCCUCGUUUCCUCAACUCGGGCGCUCGAUUCCUGGCUUCGCCUCGUGCAGAGUUGUUCAGACAUGACUGCUUGCAAGCAGACUGCAUCCACGGGCGCCGCCGCCACGGACGAGGCCGACAGCAAGUCGGCAGCGAAGAGCGAUGGAGCGGAGGAGCGGAAGCCCUCGACCAAGUGCAAGAAGGGGAAGAAGGCCAAGGGCAAGUUGGGGGUGAAGAGCGAUGGAGCGGAGAAGCCGAAGACCCAUGACCUUUCCGAUGUUACACUGGGGUUGGCGGUGAUGAGCAUUGCAGAGGAUGAAGCGCUCGCCCUGCGCACCUACCAGAACCAGUUCUGGAUGAGGCACUUCAAAGACGUCUGUGACAGGCCGUCCGUAGGUGCUAUUAGAAAGCAAGCUGCUGAAAACUGGAAAUUCUUUAACGAUUCGGACAAGGCCCCUUAUGUAGCCAGGGCCCGUGAGGUCAAAAUAGGCAUGGCUCGGAUUGCUGAGUUCAAGAAGAAACUGAUGUUGACGGAGGUAAUGACAAACGAGAUGGUGAAUCUGAAAAUGUGAACACACAAGAUCUCUAAGAAAUGACUUGGUAGAUGGCACAAUUACCGCAAGCAACUCCUCAACCUGAUUCUGUCUGGGCCGGCACUUGGAGGGUUGAGAUGCAGGUGCAGUUGAAGCUGCCAUAUGGACGAUACUAGUAUUAGAUAUGUUUGUGCUCCUGGCUUUAGAUGUUGAACUCUUUGUAAUGUUUGCUUAGUACGUAAGUACUACCACUAUCAAAAUGUAAGACGCUUUUUGGUUUUGCAUAGGGCAUGAGGGAGGGAGUAAUUUUUAACGUCCGUUAACUUUUCACUAUUAGAAACCCUAUGAUGACAUUGCGAGAUUGCAAGGGCAUGACUGCUCAAGGUGUUUUUUUGAGAGAGAAGCAGCUCUGAUCUGCCCGCUCAUCUUCAAGAUGUUGCUAACAGGUUGCAUCAAAAGAUGGGUUCUGCUGCAGAGAAACAUGUUUGAAAUGUGUGCAAGAGAAUGGUGAUGCUAUCUCAUGUCUUUGAGCUUGUUGAUUUGCAGACAUGCAUCAAUCGAUGUACCCUGUUAUAACGUUUAGUAUAAAUAAAUUCAUUUUCUUUU